CCCAGACUAUCAGCAUCUCGGUCACUGGCUGUAGAGAGGACUCGGGAGUCUGGAGAAGCAGGGCAGGCAGCGCUCACCUCUCAGCCUCCCGCGUACGUCCGACACUAAGCUAAAGCUGCUCCCUCGGCAGUGGAGGUGAUGAUGGCGGCGGCAGUUGAGAGAGGAGUCGGCGCCCGGGCCGCUUUCCUGAGCCCAAACAGCGGUGUGGGUUGCGUACCAGCACCGACAACGCUCCCUACCGGAUCCUUAGCCGGGGCUAUAGUCCUGGGCUCGGGCUCCGGUGGCAUGCCCGUGCCUAUGAACCUCUUCGCGACCUGGGAGAUAGAUCGCUCGUCCCCGAACUGUGUGCCGAGGCUCUGUAGCCUUACCCUGAAAAAGCUGGUUGUGCUUAAAGAACUGGAUAAAGAACUGAACUCGCUAUCCAUUGCUGUCAAAAUACAGGGUUCGAAACGUCUUCUGAGAUCCAAUGAGUAUGUGCUCCCUCCCAGCGGACUAAUGGAGACAGAUCUAGAACUCACAUUCUCACUACAGUAUCCCCAUUUUUUGAAGAGAGAUGCCAACAGACUACAAAUAAUGCUUCAAAGGAGGAAACGCUACAAGAAUCGAACCAUCCUCGGCUACAAGACAUUGGCUGUGGGGGUUAUCAACAUGGCUGAGGUGAUGCAACACCCGACAGACGGAGGCCAGAUUCUGGGUCUCCAUAGCAACGUAAAGGAAGCGCCAGUACGUGUGGCGGAGAUCAGCGUGUACUCUCUUUCCAGCCAGCCCAUAGACCACGAGGACAGCAGUGGUCAAGCUGGCCGAAAGACUAAAACCUCAGACCGCUCUCCAGACAUGGACAACUAUUCGGAGGAGGACGAUGACAGUUAUUCAUCAGAGCAAGAAGGCAGUGAUGAUGCAGGUCAUGGCCAGGAACUUUAUGACGAAGACGAUGAAGUCCGGAAGCCCAAGAAAGCGCGGAGGAAAAUGAUACGAACCACCUCCAUGACGAGGCAACCCAACUUCAAGCAGAAGUUUGUGGCCUUGCUGAAGCGGUUCAAGGUAACAGAUGAGGUCCUAGACUCUGACCCAGUAGAUCAGACCCAGGAAGUAGAGGAGGAUCUGGACUUACUCUAUGACAGUCUAGAGGUGUACAACCAGAGUGACAGCGGACCAGAGAUGGAAGACAAUGAGAGUGUCUUGAGCACACCCAAACCUAAGCUCAAGCCGUUUUUUGAGGGAAUGUCUCACUCCAGCUCCCAGACAGAGAUCGGAAGUAUACACAGCCAAAAAAGCCAACAGAGGGAGAUGUCAUAUGCUAGUGGAGACUUUCUCACUGUGGACAGAUGUAAAGUCCAAGGGGCUUGCUAUCAAGAGGACAGCGUCAAAGACACAACCAUUGCGGAGCCAGAGGCAGAUGAGAGCGGGCCAGGGCCAGGGGAGGUGAGCAACUGGGAUGGCAACACUGAACGGAUAACUAGCACUGUUGGCAAGCUUUGCAAGACAGAGUCCCAAAACCACAUGUCUCCAAGUAAAAUGGAGAACAGGCUGCAGAGGCGUCCGCGCAGCACCUCAAUGAAAGACAGACAGAAUUCCAAGGCCCAAAGCGACCGGACCAGCAGCAUAGACAGCGAGUGCUCCCCAGAGUUGCGACUUAUAGCACAGGUUCCCAGGAAGUCUGUGUACGACCAACUGAACCAGAUCCUCAUCUCUGAUGAACGCUUGCCAGAGAGCAUCAUCCUCAUCAACACCAUGGAGUGGCAAGGACAGUACGUUGCUGAGUUGCUUCAUGAACAGGCCCAGCCCAUCGUGUCCACUUGCUCAGCUGCAGACGUCCAGGCCGCCUUCAACACCAUUGUUACUCGCAUUCAGAGAUUUUGUAACUGCAAUGCACAGACUCCACCCACAAUGAAAGUGGCAGUCGCUGGUGACCAGAGUUAUCUCAGCACCAUCCUGAGGUUCUUCGUGGAACAACUCGCAAACAAGACACCUGAUUGGCUCAGUUACAUACGCUUUCUGGUCAUCCCCAUUGGCUCUCAUCCUUUGGCUAAAUAUGUGGCCUCGUUUGACAGCAAGUUUAACUGCAUCUUUAUGGACACGGCAUGGAGGGAGCUGUUCUGCAGGACGGAACGGCCCACCUCAGAUAACAUUGAUGUAGCAGGGCGUGUUGUUCAAUAUCUGGCCGGUGCUAAUGUGUCCCAUCAGUUUCCCAUCUCUGAAGCCAUGCUCACCUACAAACAGAAAAGGAAAAGAAGUUUGUAUUUUGAUUUUUACAUCAGCCCGGAUGAGGACUCCUGUCAGAAAUUUGUGCCAUUUAUUGGGGUUGUGAAAGUCGGGAUUGUGGAGCAAAGCCUCUCAACCUCUGUGGAUUCUGAUGAUGCAAUGGGGGGCAACACAAGCAUCUUAGCCUCCCCCACACCCCCAUCGGCUGGUCCGUAUGGGAAGGAGAUUGGGGGAACGCCCCCACAGUCACCCUCUGUGUCCACCGCCCUUUCCGGAGCUGGCUCUCCGUGUUCCGGCAGUGAAGUGAUGGGCCUGCAGGUGGACUACUGGACGUGGCAAGGACCCGAGAAGAAGAAAGAAGGAGAGAAGCGAGACGUGGGACUGAAGAACACGCUGAAGAGUAACUUCCGCUCCCUCCAAGUCAGCCGUUUGCCAUGCGGAGGGGAGCUGACCCCCCCACCCAGCAUGGCCAUGACUGUUGUCACCAAAGAGAAGAACAAAAAAGUUAUAUUUCUCAGCAAGAAGCCCAAGGAGAAAGAGCUGGACUCUAAGAGCCAAGUGAUCGAUGGCAUCAGCAGGUUGAUCUGCACAGCCAAGCACCAGCACACAAUGCUGAGAGUCACUAUCGACGGAGUGGAGUGGAACGAUGUCAAGUUUUUCCAGCUUGCUGCCCAGUGGCCAACUCAUGUCAAGCACUUCCCGGUGGGAAUCUUCGGCUACACGAAACCCGUGUGACACCUCCCACUCCCCCCCGACUCCUCUGCUCUGCACUUGUCUCACCAAGACACUCCACACAAUUCGAGGGAAAACCAACGGGCGCGCGGCACAAACUUUCCUGUGGAAAUCGAACCUACGUCCCAUCCAUGUGUUUAAUACACACCAAUUGUUUUGUCCUUCCCAUGUUUGUUACAUUGUUCUUUUUUUUCCUUUUGUACACUACAAAAAAAGAACAAGUACUAUUUUGUAAGAGUUGUGCUACCGCCUUGAGGUCAUCGGAGCUGUUUGACAAUUUGCCACAUUUUGAUAAUGGCAGCUAUGUUUGCACUUUGUUUAUUUUGUCAACAUGUUAUUUCUGUGAAAUCCUACAUUUAUUGUUACGCCAUGGAUGAUGGAGGUGCGAUGGUGAUGUGCAGUGACAUGUGUGUGUGU